AAUUCAAUUUAUUUAUCUUCUUGCUUCUGUGAUAAUAAGACUUUUCUCUUAACUAUUUUCUCAAAAUGUUAGUUUACUUGAAAAUAAUUUGCUUUAUCGGUUUGCUUCAUUCAUUUGUGUCAUCUGCCAAUGAAGAUGUCUAUAUAACAGAAGCACCUGCAUAUUUAACACCAUGUGAAAUUUACAAGCCUGAAUUUACCAAAUGCUCCACAAAUUCUGUACAAAAAGUAUUUAAUCAACUUGCCAAGGGUAUCCCUGGUCUUAAAGUUGGCAAACCCAUCGAUCCUUUUGUUAUUAAAAAACUUGUUUACAAACAAGAUAAUAAUCAAGUUGCGACAAUAUCUGCAAAUUUAACAAAUCUUGUAACAAAAGGUUUUGCAAAAACUAUUGUCAAAGAAAGCAAAGUUAGCAAGAAAGAUUUUAGCUGGGAAACAACUUUGUUGGUACCAAAUUUAAGAGUGGACGGGCAUUAUAAAAUGGAAGGAAAAAUUUUAGUUGUUCCCCUUCAAGGAAAUGGAGAAAUGUUUAUUGAGUGCGAUGAUCUUCGAAUAAAAAUGUACAGUAAAACAAGACUAUAUGAAAAGGGUGGAUUUACUUUUUACAACGUUACUAGCGUUCGUAUUGAUAUUGCCAUAUCAAAACUAAGAACAAGAUUUGAUAAUUUGUUCAAUGGAAAUAAGGAAAUCGAGGAAAGUACAAAUGAAUUCUUCAAUGAAAAUUGGAAAGAUUUAUUUGAAGCUUUAAAGCCUGUUUUAAUAAAAACUAUAGAAGGAGUGCUUUUAGGACAAUUACAAGCAUAUUUCCAUUAUGUUCCGGCGAACUUUUUUGUUAGUGAUAUUCCUACUUCUGAGAAACUAUAUGGAAAGUCUAACUAAUGUACAAUGUUUACUAGUUUACAUAAAA